AUGGAGCUCACCAUGGAGAACCUCCACAGCGUCUCCUCGCACUCCCAGGCGGGGGACCUGAUGAGCUCCCCGCACGGCCGGCCGUCGACGUCCCCCGGCUCCGCUUCCCGGAACCUGGUCCCGCACGCUCCGGGCGCGCGGUCCGCCAUGGUGUCCGGCAUGGCCUCGCUCCUGGAGGGGUCCGGCGGGGACUACCGGACAGACCCGUCCGCCUUGUCCGGACACCUCCACUCGUCCAUCAGCAUGUGCGAGACCGGGAUGAGCCUUAGCAACACGUACACCACCCUGACCCCCCUGCAGCAUCUACCUCCGAUCUCCACCGUGGCCGAUAAGUUUCACCACCCGCACUCGCACCACCACGCGGCCGCGCACCCGCGCCUCUCCGCCGGGAACGUCAGCGGGAGCUUCACGCUGAUGCGGGACGACCACCGGGGGCUCGCCUCCAUGGGGAACCUGUACAGCCACUACCCCAAAGAGAUGUCGGUGUCCGGGAUGGGCCACGGGUCGCUGUCCCCGCUGUCCAGCGGGCUCGGCUCUCUGCACAACUCCCAGCAGCCGCUCUCAGCCUACGGCCCCAGCGCGCACCUCUCCACCGACGCUAAGAUGCUCUCUCCGGUGUCCGGGUUCGAGUCCCACGCGUCCAUGCUGUCCCGGAGCGACCAGGAGCACCUGGCCAGGAGUUUAGGGGGCCACGGCCACGGCAUGAUCUCCAACCUGAACGGCAUGCACCACCACCCGCACAGCCACCUCCACUCCCAGGCCAACGGCGCGGUGAUGCUGGGGGACCGGGAGAGGCACGGCCACGGGGCCGGCCAGGGAGUGUCCGGGUCAGGCAUCCAGGCGGAGGAGAUCAACACGAAGGAGGUGGCUCAGAGGAUAACGGCGGAGCUCAAGAGGUAUUCCAUCCCGCAGGCCAUAUUCGCCCAGAGGAUCUUAAGCCGGUCGCAGGGAACCCUGUCAGACCUGCUCCGGAACCCCAAACCCUGGAGUAAGCUCAAGUCAGGCCGCGAGACCUUCAGGAGGAUGUGGAAGUGGCUGCAGGAGCCCGAGUUUCAGAGGAUGUCUGCGCUCCGACUGGCCGCAUGUAAACGUAAGGAGGAGGACCGAGGCCGGGAGCGCAGCCAGGUGCCCAAGAAGCAGCGGCUGGUCUUCACCGACCUGCAGCGCCGCACCCUGGUAGCCAUCUUCCGGGAGAACCGGCGGCCGUCCAAGGAGAUGCAGGUCACCAUCUCCCAGCAGCUGGGCCUGGAGCUCUCCACCGUCUCCAACUUCUUCAUGAACUCUCGCCGCCGCUGCCCGGACCGCUGGGACGCGGAGGAGCACGGCCACGGCGUGCACGCGCACGGCCACGUGCACACGCCUCACGGGACCGGCGGCGGCGGCAACAGCGGCGCGUCCCCGCUGCAACCUGGCACCUCCUCCUCCGCGGCCACCUUCUCCAAGGCCUGA